GAGCCAUUUAUUCCUAAUUAUAAAACCCCUAGCAAAGGAGAAAUCAUUAAAGAAGGAAUGUUUAUUUGUAUUGAACCUCUGGUGCAGAUUGGCGAUGCCAAAGUGGAGGUUGCUGCUAAUAAAUGGACGGUUUUUUCCAAAAAUGGUCAUUUGAACGCUCAUUUUGAGCAUACUGUAUACAUUGGUCCUACUGGGGCUGAAAUCAUAACCAAUUAUGAAGAAUAG